UUGUUGUCGAUCUUGUUUGUUGUGCUCGAAAGACAGACAGCAAGAGAGUGGGCGAGAGAGAGAGAGAGAGAGUAAGAGAGCUGUAAGUGCACUUGACAGUUGGUGCUGCAGUUGACAGUAGCUGACAACAUUCCAGCUAGAAAGAGUCUCUAACGAGAGGGAGCGAGAGAGGGAGAGAGAACAAUUACAAUUAUGUCAGCUGAAACACUUAAACCGUUUAUAACACCAACGAGUGCCGUUAAUACAUUUCCGGCCAAGCAAUCAAACGGAACGCACUCGACAAGGAAGCAUAUACCAAUUGUCUUAAGCAUUGUCGCACUCGUUCUCAUUGCUCUUAUCUUUACUUAUACGAUCUGGCAAACGAAACGCGUGCAACAGCUUGAAGAUGAUCUGGGCGCUUUGAGGCGGGAUGUGAGUAGCUUGCGGCAAAGACUGGGCAUUGAUGUUGUGGAGGAGUAUAUGGAAUUUGAAAAGGAGCACGACGAACUCGAGAACUACGGCAGCUACGAUGACAAUGUUGAUGAUGAUGAUGCUGGGGUGGAGGAUGGUGCGGACAGAUCGAACAGUUACGAGGACGAGGAUGAUGAGGACUCGGGCAACGAGCAAACGGACAUGGAGGAGUACUUGGAUAUGAUUAAUCAGGAAAAGAGUGCGACUCAAGCCCUCUCACCAGACAACAGCAGCGAUAAGUCGGACACAGCGGCAUCCACCGCCACCUCCAGCUCCAGCUCAUCGGCAUCCAAUGAUGAUAAUGUGUUUGAGGACUUCACUAGCUAUAACGAUUCCAAAAAGAAGAGGGAACGAAAAACUCGCUCCAUUGCCGAGAUGCGCAAUGAGCUGCCGAGCAACGAAUUAGCAGAAAUUGCGAAGAACCAAAGCCGAAGUGCUGAGCAGACAAAGGAAAGCACUGUUACUCCCAAUAGCAACACUAAGCAGCAUCUGCACAAACAGCGACCACGCACACGGGAGGGCCGUCAACGACUUUUAGUACGCAAAGGCGAAUCUCCUGUUUCAGCGAAAUCCGCAGAUUUCCCUGCCGCAAGCCGAGCAGCUGCACAUUUCCACUUGAAUCGCAAAGUGCCGCAACACGAGUCCCCCAUUCAGGUGCACUCUUAUCACGGUGAUAUGUAUAUGGGGCAUCCCACGGCCAGCAGCGACAAUCAGUGGCAGCAGCAUUUCAGUGUUCACAAUGGCAUCCUGACAGUCCAUCAGGCGGGUCUCUACUACGUCUAUGCCCAGAUAUGCUAUAAUAAUACGCACGAUCAGAAUGGCUUCAUUAUCUUCCAUGAAAAUAAGGCAUUCCUGCAAUGCCUCAAUACGGUGCCCACGAACAUGCCCAAGGUGCACACCUGCCACACAGGUGGGCUAAUUCAGUUGCAGCAGCACGAGUCAAUACAUGUGCGCGACAUCCAUCGGGAUCGGAAUGUAAUGCUCCGGGAUAGCAACAAUCGCAGCUUCUUCGGCAUCAUUAAGCUCUAAGCGAAUAUUUUCUGCACCGAACUUAAGCUUUAGUAGUUGCGACUACUCAGUUAUACGAAUACGUAUAUACAGC